AUGGCGCAAGGUUUCCAGAUUAACCUCCUUCUCUUGUUGGUAAGCCUAACACUGAGUUGCGGCUACCUUUUUGAUGUUCAAGAUGUGAUCUACGAAUUCCUCGUGACGAACUGCUCUAACAAUGAAAGGGUAUCAACUUUUGAUAUUGAAGGAGACAACAAAACCCGAGGUGCCACUGGUAACGCCAAAAAGCUUGCAGAACACCCCCCUGUGGCGUUCGACGUCGGCCCGGUGACGUACAGCACUGCUAAAGUACAGUCGCUAGAGUUGUCUGCAGUGUAUGUCCAGACUUUUCACAACAACCAGUCUGGCGUGGUGGGCCGGGCUCAAAUAUCAGAGGAAAUAGACCACGAAGACGAGUACAUAUGGACCGUCAUCAAUGGAGCAGAUUCAUCUGUCAAGGUCAAGUUCAGCCUCUCGCUUCCCCUAGUAUACAGUUUCAGCUCAGAACUUUCAACAACAUUGAAGACAAGUUCUGGAUCCACCACGGUCGAAACACGCACUACGCGACAAUGGAUUAAACAAGAUGUAGCAAUACCCCCUGGAGCCACCAUUGAAGCCAAGUGGUACGUCAACACGGCGCAAGUGGCCUCUGGUAUUGUCCUUCGGUCUCUCUGCAACCACAAACAUCUCUCCAAGUCGCAUCUGGCAGACGGACAGUAAGCUGUGCCCAGUUAAAAAGAGAGGGAAAUGAUCAGAGCCAAGAUUAUUUAAUCACUCCUCACAAUAAUUUUAUGUGUGGUGUGACAUGGAGACUGAUG